AUGAUAACAGUAGUUACUACUUCAGCAAUGGAUGGUUUUAAUAAAUCAUUAGACGAACUAUUACAUUUUGCAGAUACUCUUAAAUUACGUGAAAAAGAACUCGAAGAACAACAUAGUUCAGAACUCAGAAAACAAAAAACUGAAUAUGAUAUUCAAAUUCAAAUUGAAAAACGACGUACUGAACAACUUCAAGACAUAAAUCGUACAUUAACUGAACAAGUUGAACGUUGUACACAAAAGCAAGUUGAUUUAGAACAAAAAAACACAGUUUUACUCACAAAAUAUAAUUGUUGUGCAGAAGAAUCUAAACAAAUAAAAGAAUUACAUAAUAAAAAAAAGAUGCGUAUUGAAGAACUUGAAAACAUUGCUCGAAUAUUAACAAAUGAAAAAGCAAAACUUGAUAAUGAAAUAAAACAAGUUAAAGCUGAUAAUCAAAUUUUAGAAGAUAAAAUUAAAGAAAUACCACCACCACCACCACCACCACCACCACCGCCUCCGACAACAACACCACGUAAAAAUAAAAGAAAAACAUAUCUUGUUAAUAUUUAUUA